UCGCAAUCACCAUCCUGUUUACUGUUUGGACACUCCAGGAACUCUGGACUAUAAAAGCCACUGGGAAUCCAAGGGAACCCAAACAUCACUCUCCAGGGACUUGCAGAGAUGAAGGUUGUGGCCCUCACUCUCUUCUGCCUCCUCAUUUCCGUGAAUGAAGCCAAAGUAUUUGAGAAAUGUGAACUGGCUGCACUUCUGAAACAGCAUGGGCUGGAUGGAUACCAUGGCAUUAGCCUGGCCGACUGGAUCUGCACAGCUUAUCAUGAAAGCAAAUACGAAAGUAGCGCUGUGGGGCCACCAAACACAGAUGGCAGCCAGGACUAUGGGGUUUUUCAAAUAAACAGUCGCUAUUGGUGUGACAAUCAACAGGGCGAAACAGCCAAUGGAUGCAGAAUCUCCUGCAGUGCUUUCACAAAUGACGACAUCACAGAUGACAUUGAGUGUGCUAAGACAGUUGUUCGUGACCCCCAAGGGAUGGAUGCCUGGGUUGCUUGGAAGAACCAUUGCAAAGGAAAGGAUCUCUCCGAGUGGACAGCUGGCUGCAGCCUCUGAGCUCCAUAGUCCUGUAUGAGAUCCAGCAUUUCUCUGGAUUUUCCCUUUAGUGAAAGUGAUCUCUACAAGCAAAAUCCAGCUGCUUCUUUCUAUACAAGCAUUUACAUACUGCAACUCCCAUGGUGCAGUAGAAUAGCUUUCUUUCUAUAGGAAGGAGAAAAUGUAUUUUUAAAAAAAUGUGUCUGGAGUGGGCAGUGAUCUUGCUUGCCAUUGUGGGUUUCUCUGCUUUAAGAACUUCAAUAAAUUGA